GGAGCUGCAGCGUAGCUCAUGAUUCCAGCGCUCGUCAGUCAAGGCCCCGGGCAGUGGGCGACAGGGCGCCUGGGCAGACGGACCGCUAGCAGCUCUGCCGUACCCGCACGGCGAUCGAUGGGGAGCAGCCCCGGCGCACCCCGCGAGUGAGGGCGCACUGCCGGGGCGCCGAGGCGGCGCGCGGAAGCCCCGCACCAGCGCUGCCAGGUCCCGGCCCGACGUGGGCGCAGCGUCCGCGGCGCGGACUUGAUACUUGACAAAUCGGUCUAAAAUGGCUGACUUUUUAUCUGAGUAAGUCACUGAAACCAUCCCGGAAGUUCUGCAUUCAGGUGCAUUUGGUAUUGUGUCUGAGACUAAUUAACUCAGGAGAUCAAAAUGAUCCUCAACUCUACCACUGAAGAUGGUAUUAAAAGAAUCCAAGAUGACUGUCCCAAAGCUGGAAGGCACAAUUACAUAUUUGUCAUGAUCCCUACUUUAUACAGUAUCAUCUUUGUGGUGGGAAUAUUUGGAAACAGUUUAGUGGUGAUUGUCAUUUACUUUUACAUGAAACUGAAGAGUGUGGCCAGUGUUUUUCUUUUGAAUUUAGCACUGGCUGACUUAUGCUUUUUACUGACUUUGCCACUAUGGGCUGUCUACACCGCUAUGGAAUACCGCUGGCCCUUUGGCAAUUACCUCUGUAAGAUUGCUUCAGGCAGCGUCAGUUUCAACCUCUAUGCCAGUGUGUUUCUACUCACUUGUCUAAGCAUUGAUCGCUACCUGGCUAUUGUUCACCCAAUGAAGUCCCGCCUUCGGCGUACAAUGCUUGUGGCCAAAAUCACCUGCAUCUUUAUUUGGCUGCUGGCUGGCUUGGCUAGUUUGCCAACUAUAAUCCACCGAAAUGUGUUUUUCAUUGAGAACACCAAUAUCACAGUUUGUGCUUUCCAUUACGAAUCCCAAAAUUCAACCCUCCCCAUAGGGCUGGGCCUAACCAAGAAUAUACUGGGUUUCUUGUUUCCUUUUCUGAUCAUUCUUACAAGUUAUACUCUUAUAUGGAAGACAUUAAAGAAGGCUUAUGAAAUUCAGAAGAACAAGCCAAGAAAUGAUGAUAUUUUCAAGAUAAUUAUGGCAAUUGUGCUUUUCUUUUUCUUUUCCUGGGUUCCCCACCAAAUAUUCACUUUUCUGGAUGUAUUGAUUCAGCUGGGCAUUAUACAUGACUGUAAAAUCUCAGAUAUUGUUGACACCGCCAUGCCCAUCACUAUUUGCAUAGCUUAUUUCAACAAUUGCCUGAAUCCACUCUUUUAUGGCUUUCUGGGGAAAAAAUUUAAAAAAUAUUUUCUCCAGCUUCUGAAAUAUAUUCCUCCAAAGGCCAAAUCCCACUCAAGCCUAUCAACAAAAAUGAGCACACUUUCCUACCGCCCCUCAGAUAAUGGAAGUUCCUCCACCAAGAAGCCCACCUUAUGCACCGAGGUUGAGUGACGUGCCGAACCAGUCUGUGAGGUAUUCAUUUGAAGGAAGGGAUAAGAGAAAUACUCCUCUGCAGCACUUCACUGCAAAUGAGCAUGAGCUACUUCCCGGAGUUUAAGAAGAAAAUGGAUUAUGCAGACUGACCAACUUUUCUAAAGCUCUGAACAAAAGCUUUUCUUUCCCUUUGUGACAAAACAAAGCCAAGCCACAUUUUGCAGUAGAUAGAUGAUGGCUGCUCAAAGAACGAUGUCAGAAACUGGAUGAAUGUGUCGAUUUGAAAAAUUUUACUGGCAGAAAUGCCAUCUCCCUAGUCUGAUCUUGUUCUGUUAUUUUUGAGUUCCACAUAAGAUUAUUUAGAAUAUGUUAAAUCUUGAGAGGAACAACAGGAGAUCAGAGCUCUUAAUUGCUCUGUCCAGUUUCCAAAAGGCGAUAAAGCUUUUGUGCCUGUUUAGCUAUUAGCAACUAUGGCCCACUUGUACCUGCUGCUACACAUUCUGUUGUACAAAGACUUGCUAAGCAGUAGUUGUCAAGUUUCAGGAAGUUUUGUGAAAUUCAACCAGUGUCUUACAGAUUCACACUGCCAAAACACGCCGACUAAGUGGCUUAUUUGUAUAACGAUGUUACUGAAGUCAUAUAUAAAAGUUAACUUGUGAAGGCAUUACUCUCGUCCCAGCUAGUGGUGUCUUCCUGCUCAUAUUACUCUCAUUUCAUAUCUGAGAAGUAUAUAUAUUUUGUGGUAAAACGAUUAUAUAUCAUAAAAUAUGUGUUAUUGUUUUAAAAAGUAUAUAUUCUACCUAUAUAUGUAUAUGUAUCUCUCUAAAUUGUUACUAGAUUAAAAUCUGGCAAAGUUACAUUUACAUUAAAAUAAAAUAACUUUAUUGUAAUGUAUUU